AUGGCCAUGUCCUACGACGACUCGCUGGCGACCUCGCGCAUGCUGUCGUCCUCCGUCUCCUCGCUCUCUUCCAGCCGUCAACAGUCAUCACAGAUCGCAAAGGCCUACCGGCAAGCGGCCCAGCUGUUCCUGACGCGCCGCCUCCCUGAAGCACUGUCGACAAUUGAGCCGGUAAUCUCUGCACCAGAGCACGAAUACGUCAAUGGCGAGCAGAAUGGCGAUCUUCCAAACUAUGCCCCAGUAGCGGCCGCCUCGCGGGGCACGCGGAUCAAAGUCUGGAGUUUCUACCUCACUUUUCUCAAUUCUGUCAUCGAGCUCGGGGCUGAGGAGGGCAAACACGCGUUUGGAAGCUCGAGGUGGAAAGCACUGGUCUCGAAAUGUCGUGAUGGGAGCGUGUGGGAGGAGGUCGUUCGCGAUGGCUAUGCGGGAAACGAGGGUGAUGUUGACGCUGAAGUAGUAAUAAACCUAGCAACCCUCCUCCUCACGCACUCGCCCUCUCAAAAGCUCACCCAACAACGGCUCGAAACCUAUCUAUCGGCCUCGGCUCACCCGACCUUUGACAUAUCCUCCCACAUUGUCUCAUCACUACAACGCCGGCCAUCCCAUACACCUACUGGAACUAGCACACCUCGUGAUCUUAAUUCCCGUCUCAAACUACUCGAGCUCUACACCCUACACGUCCUCCCCCGAAACGCGGAAUGGGACUAUGCGCGCGAAUUCAUCAGCAUGAGCGAAGUGCUAGACGACGAGCGUAAAGAAGCCUUCCUCCUAGCCCUACACUCCCUGCGCGAAGAAGCAGACGAAACGGAAGCCCGCGAGGCGAUGCUCCGUCAACAACAAGCAGAGCAGCUGGAGCAGCGGCGGAAAGAGGCCGAGGUCCGACGUAUAGAGCAGACGCGUGCAGAGGACGAGCGCAGGAAGCGGGAAGAGGAGAACCGGAGACAGCCGCGCAGCGCAGAUGACGGGUACAAGAAGUCUGGCCCCUCACAUCGACCUCAACCAUCUACAUCGUCAAAGGCCUCCAGGCCCGCCAAGAAAGCGAUCAGUCCACCGCCAGGACUAUACAAACGUGCCGCGAAUCUCAUGGCUGCCAUGCAAACGCUCAUCCUCAGCACGGCGCAGUCCAUGACGCAGAAUCCGAUGGCUUUCUUGCGGACACUGCUUUUCAUCCUCGCGUUUGCUCUUGCGUUUGGGCGGAGAGACCUCAGAGAACGAGUGCAGCGGAUAUUGAGGGCAGCAUGGGAGAAGGUGCGGAGGACGGUAGGAAUGGGAGUAAAGGUCUCUUAUAUUUAA